AUGGGCAAAGCAUCUGCUUCCUAUUCUGAUUCUUCCUCCUAUUUUUGUUGGGAUAAAGAUGCAUUUUAUAAUAGCAUGCUCGAUCUUUCGUUAGGUUCUCUAACUUCGUAUCACAUCACACUCAUAAACAACACUGUAACUGAACUCCAAAGUUUGCACGAUUCAAUAUUAUCAUGUGAUCAUCAUCCGCGUGCCGGUCUGCCUCUCUUGGCGUCUCCCCCGGCCCCACCGCGAAGAUACCAGCCUCGUCAGCCCCUACCCGGGGUUGCCACGAAGCAGAAGAAGAAUAAGAACUCAUCAUUUCCACUGAAGAAGGGGAAGAGCGAGACGAUCACGCCCCCAUAUGAGUGGGCCACGAACCGGCGUGCCAGUGUGCAUAGUCUAGACUCUCUGUACUUCAAAAACAUCCACGAGAUCACGGGGGACGUGCAGUGCAGACGGUGCGAGAGCAAGUACGAGAUGGGGUUCAAUCUGGUUGAGAGUUUUACAGAGGUCGCGAAGUUUAUAUGGGAAAACAAAUGCGAAAUGGCCGACCGAGCGCCCGACGUUUGGAUGAAUCCGACCCUCCCGACCUGCCGGUACUGCGGCCAAGAGAACAGCGUUAAACCUGUGAUUCCUCGCAGCAAAAAGGCCAUAAAUUGGCUGUUUUUGCUGCUAGGGCAGAUGUUAGGGUGUUGUACCUUAGAUCAACUAAGGUAUUUCUGCAAAUACCGGAGACAUCAUAGGACGGGGGCUAAGGAUAGGGUGCUGUAUCUCACGUACCUUAACUUGUGCAAGCAGCUUGAUCCAAACGGUCCUUUUGAUCGUUAGUUAAUAAUAACUGAGAAAUAUGAUGGGAUGGGAAUCAAGGAUCGGAUG